GGACUGGCCUAUUUUCUGUGGGUUUCGUGCUGUGAAGGGGGGACCGAGUGCGUCCGCUUUGUCUUGCGUACUACAACUCCCGGCAGGCACUUCCUGUCAGCUUGAGAAACGCGGGAAGGACUCCUCCCGGGAGGAAGACGCCGAGCAGCUUGGAUUGAGAAGCGCGCCUCUUGGCUGAGUGAGUUGUGGUUAAGCUUUCCGAGACAAAUAUUUGAAAGAUUCUGAAAAGAAAAUGGGUGAUGCUGUUGAGACUGCUGUUUUGACAGAUCUGUGAAGUCAGCUAACAGAAGAGCAAGCACAUCUACUGACAGGAGAUUUCUGUUGACAAAAGAGACUAUUGUGAAAAUACCUUUUGGAAGCAAAGUUCUAGAUGCUGUUCUUUCUGUUCCUGACAAGAUACUCCCUUAUGCUGUGGUUCUUACUCAUGGAGCAUCUGGCGAUAUGAAUUGCUGUCACCUCAUAUCUUUGGCCAAGUAUCUUGUAUCGCAUGGAUUUCUGUGCCUUCGAUUCACAUGCAAAAGUCUUAACAUCAUCUACAGAACUAAAGCAUAUAAAGCAGUUGUGGAAUAUUUGAGAUCAUCAGAUGCCUACAAGCUUUCUGGCAUUUUUCUUGGAGGCCGUUCAAUGGGUUCACGAGCUGCUACCUCUGUGACACGUCAAGCUGACCAAGACAAUGACAGCUUCAUCCAAGGCCUGAUAUGUUUGUCGUACCCGCUUCAUAGACCAAAGCUUCAGGCAAAAUGUCGGGAUGAAGAUUUAUUGUUCAUUAAGUCCCCCGUCCUGUUUGUGUCUGGAACUGCAGAUGAAAUGUGUGAUCAACGCCUCUUGGAAGAUAUUGUGGUCAAAAUGAAAGCACCAAUGAAAAUCCACUGGAUUGAAAAGGCAAAUCACAGCAUGGCAGUGAGAGGACGGACUAUGGAUGAUAUCUUAUUGGAAGUAAAUGUGCAAGUUUUGUCUUGGAUCAGAGAAAUCAUUGAAUAGGAACUCGUACAAAUGCUUACUUACUAAUCGGAACUCGUACAAAUGCUUACUUACUAAUCGGCAGUUCUCACUUCAUGUGAGAGUGGUUAAUAACCUUUUUAUAGGGAUAAAAUGUUUCUCCAACCCUGGGAAUCUUCUGUAAUUCCAUUGUAAAAUGUUUUGUUCUAUAUACUCUCUUUUUUGCUCUAUCUGUUUAUUGAAAGAAAUAAACUUUUAUUUUAGCGAC